AUGAAAUGGACAGAGGAGAAGGAUGUCAUAUUACUAACCACAAUGGCAGGGGAGAGGGUGUGCAUGGGAUUUAGUGGCAGAAAGCCUAAAUUGCCAGAAAGAGUUUAUUGUUAACCCAAGGUCCAUAUGAGACAGAUUCAAUACCUUGGCAAGAAAAGUAAAGGCAAAACUGGCUACAGAAGAAAGAGCAAGUGGUGGAGGUGUGGUACUCCAAAGUGAGCCUGAUAAACUGGUGGAAGAGCUAAUUACUCUCAGACAUGAGUCAGAGAAGGAAAGUGAAGAACAAAGUGAGACAAAGACAAAGGCUGUUGCAAAUGAAAAGAAGCAGGCAUUGGAGAUAACAGACAGGGCACUUGAAGGGAUAACAGAAACUAGAAAGCGAAAUGAACAGGAGAGGGCAGAAGAAAAGAAGACAGUUGGAAAAAAAGAAGGAGAUCAGGAGGAGACAUGCUGGAAUGGCUGA